AUCUGUGACGUUUGUUAUUGGUUGAUAUUUCGCACAACGCAAAAGAAAAAUAAAAUAAUCGCGUAUGUUGAAACAUGACAUAAUAUGUCGUUGUAUGAAAAAACCACAAAAAUAAAUACAAGAACAUUUUGGGAUUCCUUUUGAGCUAAAUUCUAGUGUAAUUUAAUGUUUUGUUUAGAAGUGUAAAUCAUUUUAGUGUGUUAUUUCGCAUAUACAAUAAUUGCGUGACAUUUUACUUUCGUUUGAUUUUACAAUUAUUUAAUUAAAGCAAUAUGGAGAUGAACAUUAUUGAUCACAGUGAUUCUGAUUCGGGAGAAAGUUGGACUAUUCUGGAACCCACGCCUGAAUAUACUGAAGGAACAUUGCAACUUCCACAAGAUACGAACGAAAGAUUUCCAACCUCAUUCAAAGAAAAAGAUGAAGAUACUGAUGGCAUAUCUGUCAUCAGUGACAGUGAUCAUGAGAGUCCUAUGCAACACAAGCACAUUGAUGAUAAUUAUACCACAGAAGAUGAAAUGUUACCUGACAAACAUGGUCCCAUACAUAUCACAGAUAGCCCUCACAUUACACACUUUGAAAACAUUGAUAAACUACCAAGAGAUGAUACAGAUUAUCUGAUGGAGAGUAACGGAAAACUCAAAACAUACGUACACAGAAGGAAUAAGAGAUUAAGUACUGUUCUCAAUGUUAUCAUGCUAGGAAGUGUUAUUACCGCUGCAGGUGUAGCAAUCGGACACAUGUGGGGUGCCAAAAAUGAUUGUACCAUGCACCAUACACCUUCUGUUAAUAAGAUUUUAUCCAAUUUGUACAAGCUGCAAGAAGAAAAUGCUUAUUUAAGAAGCAAAUUGAAAGAGCUAACAUUAGUUAGUAAUAUACAGAUGCAACAUCAGAAGAUGCCAAACAAACGCUGCAAGAAAGUCUUUGAAGAACCUUUAAAUAUGAACAAUCCUAAUAAACUGACUAAAUGUAUUGAUGAUCAAACUAUUGAACAGGAAAAAGUUUUGGAUAGUCAUUUGAUAGAACCAUCAUUUGAAAAGGAAUUUCUGGGGGAUUUGAACAAACUUAAAAAUAUAUACAAACAAAAUAAAAGUUGGUUAGAUGAUGAAAUUGCGAAAAGAAUUAAACAUGAGCGACAGCAAUUGAAGAACAUUAAAAUUCAGGAAAAACCUGUGAAUAUGGAAAUAAUAGAAGAAAUUAAUAAAGCAAUGGCUGAAGAGACAAAAAUGUUUCAAAACAAUGAAAAAGAAAAUUCCAUGUUAGUCACAGAAGCAUUCUCAACAGAUUCCUUAGAUGACCAAAAGGAAUUAAUUGAUAAUAAGAAGAUUUCAUAUGCAGAUUCCUUAAAAUCUGAGAAGAAAAAUAACAACAUCCAAAAGCGGGAAGUUGAUAAAAAAUGGGAAUAUGAACAUCUUAAUAAAAAAAAGGUUAAGAAAAUCUAUGAACCCAAUCUACAAGAUGUUACAAGUGAAGAAGAAAUUAAAAAAGAUGACAGAUAUAACUGUCAUAAAUGCAAGUAUAAUAAGAGGAAGACUGAAAAAUGGCGUAGAAAGCAAAAGGGUCGCAGUAAACAAGAACAAUUUGAUAUAAAAGGUCUACUGAAAGAUUAUGAUGAUUCUCAAGCAUUACCUGAAAACCGAAACAUUUUAGAUAAAAUUCAACCAACUACUGAUGCUACAGAAAAAACUAAAUUAGAAAGUCCAGAUAACAUAAAAGAAAGCAAUGGAAAAUUGAAAGAGAAGCCAAAUAAAAAUUCAGAAAAAGAUAAAGUGAAUUGGUAUGAAAAAAGAGCUUCGCUGAGAAAAGAAUACAGAAAUAGACUCCAGCAAGAAUUAUUUGGUGAUAAAAGUCUUAAUAAUUCCGCAUGGUACUUUCGUCGGAUGAAAAAGCGGGAACAAUGUAGAGCUAAAACAGGCAAUGACACACACAAGAAAACUUCUAAACUUAACAUGAAUUUUAAAAUAAAAUAUUAAAGUUUCACAUCUAUUUCAACACAUCUAACAGCAAAGUUUAUAUUCACUGUAGCUACAAAAAUAGGUGUUGUAUAGCAUUACUGAAUUAAUUUACAUUUAAUGUUUUAAAACAUUUAAACAACAUUGAAAAUCUUCUUCUGUUUUAACAUUUAUAAAUUAGAAAGAGUAUAUUUUUUAUAAACUGGCUGACAGCUUGCUUCAUGUUAUAAUAUUAGAGUUUAUUAACUUUGUUACAUUAUUCUUUUAGCAAUACUUUAGUCUAUUUCGCACAUAUUUUUAUCAUAUAGUAUUUUAAGUACAUAUGUCCCUUAUGGAUACAUCCAGUGAUAUUAUAAAUAAGGUU